CAGAGACGCACAGAUUGGAGUUGAGCGCCCUGGUUUCUCAUCCUCUUCCUCUGCAUCAGCUCGCGCUCCAUCAUGGAUUCUCCUCGGUCUCGCGCUCUGCUCUCCGCCGGAUAAACUUUGGACCUAACACUCGUAUCAUGGGAAUAUACCGUCGGUGCGCUCGGCCCCGUGGAUCUGUACAGCCUUGAUGGAAACCAUGUCACCGCAGCAGGGGACCAUGGGACAGAACAGGUCCGACUCUCUGACGGGAGAGAGCAAGGCGCUCACCGACAACAAAAAGAAGAUGAAGACCUUGGCCCAAAGACGACAGUCAGCUCCCUCGCUGGUCAUCAGCAAAGCACUUACCAGAUCGAGAAGCACAUCCAGGGAAAGCUGCCUGACGCCAGUCAGCCCAGAGUCAUGUCCCCUUGUCCAGGCCUUCCUGGCCGAGUGUCCAGGCCGCCUGUUCCUGGGUCACGCCCAGACGCAGCUAAAGACAGGCCUGCAGACGCAGGAGAGACACCUCUUCCUCUUCACAGACACACUGCUCGUCGCCAAGGCCAAGUCUCCCACUCAUUUCAAAGUGAAGGCCCAAGUCCGAGUGUGUGAGAUGUGGACCGCCAACUGCAUGGAGGAGGUGUGUGAAGGAAGCACCAACCCAGAGAGGAGCUUUGUCAUGGGCUGGCCCACCUGCAACUGUGUGGCCACCUUCAGCUCCGAGGAGCACAAGGACAAAUGGUUGGUGCUCAUCAAAAGUCGGAUAAUUGAGGGAAAAGAGAAGGAUGACCCCAAGACCAUUCCACUCAAGAUAUUUGCAAAGGAUAUUGGAAACUGUGCAUAUGCCAAGACGCUCGCGGUCAGCAACACUGACAGCACCACUGAUGUCAUCCGCAUGGCUCUGCUGCAGUUCGGCAUAUCGGGUUGCGUCAAAGACCACCGGUUGUGGGUGAGCUCCAGCAAGGACGACCCUCCAUACCCUCUCAUUGGCCACGAGUUUCCCUUUAGCAUCAAGAUGAGCCACAUUCGGGACGGCGGGAGCAGUGGUGGAGGACUAGCAGGAGGAGUAGGGAGGGAUCCAACGAGCCCCACAGACUGUCCAGGGGUGCUGCUGCUGGACCAGUGUCUCCCUCCGGACACCCAGUGCCAGUUCAUCCUCAAACCCAGCAAGGUUGCCCCAGGACAGGCUCAACUUAUAGAACCUGGUCAGCAGAAGUCUUUUAAGAGGAAGAGGUCUCUGAUCAACUGGCCUUUCUGGAGAGGCUCCAGCACACAGCUGGACGGCCUGCCCCUGUCCCCGACCUCGCUCUCUCCCACUCAGGGACGGCUGUUCGGACGACCCCUGAGCUCCAUCUGCUCUCCCGACCACGGCCUGCCCAAGCCUGUCAUGGACAUGUUGGUGUUCCUGUACCUGGAGGGGCCCUACACCAGGGGCGUCUUCAGGCGGUCAGCCGGGGCCAAAGCCUGCCGGGAGCUGCGGGACAGACUGGACAGUGGGACUGAGGACCCAGACAUCUCGCACCAGUCCGUGUUCAUCAUUGCUGCUGUCCUCAAGGACUUCCUGCGAAAUAUCCCGGGCAGCAUGUUGUGUGUGGAUCUGUACGACCAGUGGAUGGAUGUGAUGGAGGGGGAGGGAGGGGAGGAGAGGACGCAAGCUGUCCAGAGGUUGCUGCACCUCCUGCCAAGCGAGAACCUGCUUCUCCUGCGACAUGUGAUCGCCAUACUGCACUGUAUCCAAGGCAACGCCCACGACAACCAGAUGAACGCCUUCAACCUGUCUGUCUGCAUCGCUCCCAGCAUGCUCUGGGCCCCAGCGCCGAGCACUCCCGAGAUGGAGGGGGAGGGCACCAAGAAGGUGUGUGAGCUGGUCCGCUUCCUCAUAGAGAACUGCAGCGGCGUCCUGGGAGAAGACGUCACCACGCUGUUCAGGAGCUUCAGCCAGAAGAGCAGCAGCAGUGACCACGGAUCAGAUGUGUCGUCCUUCCAGAUGAACGACUCGUCCUAUGACAGCCUGGAGAAUGAGCUCAACGAUGACCCUGAGUCUCCCUACCAGGAGCAGCUGCCGCUUCGUGACAAGGACAAGCCUGACAGCCGCAGCCGUGACUCUGUCAUAACCCUCAGCGACUGCGACCCUGAUCCCGACCCCGAGACCGACCUCCAGCUUCAACUCCCCCCGCUGGCCAGACCCAGGAGGUUCAGCCCUGCGGUUCGACAGCCUCGCACCCGCCAGGCCAACGGCCCGUCGCAGGGUCCCAGGAGGCUGAGGAGGAGUUCAGAGCCCGCCUUGGCCCUGGCAAGCACGCCGCCUUCAGGCACAGUGACGGUUCAUGCCGAUAACCAUCGGCUGCCUGUACGGAAGGCCAGCUAUGAUGCUGCCAUGGAAGGGGAGGGGGAGGAGGACGAGGUGUUUCUGGAGCAGGGGCUGAACGGGCUGCAGCUGAAGGAGGAGGGAGAGGAUGGGUGCGAGAAGGGAGGAGUCAAAGUCCAGAACGGUGGGUGGAGGAAGGUGAAGCACACUCCUCCGCCUCCGUUGCGACUGGAUGCCAGCUGUUCCAGUCUGUCGUCACCGGCAACCUCACCCACGGGCUCCUCCCUCAGUUCUUUAGACUCCGCCUUCUCACAGUAUUCUACUGACUAUGCCACCAAUGGGGUGAUUCCAUUGGCUGAACCUACUUCUCUCUCCCCUAACUUUCCUGGGCGACCCCAGGUGUCACCCAGAGGCUCCCCCCCUCAGAAGGAAGCAACGCCUCAUUUUCCACAGCCCACCCAGCCUCCGCGGACCAGCUAUACCACCUCCCACCCCCAUGGCCUCCAUCCUAACAUGUGGCUGAAGAAGGACCGCCGCCUGUCUCUAAAGCAGGCUGAUAAUGGACACGCAGAAGAGGACUCACCUGUGGUAAACGGGAAAACCAACCCAAGCAGUAACGGCUGCUCUGUCGGCGCCCCCGAGGCCGUGGUAAUGAAUCAAAACUGCCAGCGGAGAUCCAGCAGCCCUCCGUCCUACCAGCAGGCUCUGCUGCAGCUGCAGCGCAGCCGCUCCCCUUUCUACAAGGGGACAGAGAAACCCCUGACGGUCAGAGAGCUGAGGCAGCUCCACGACCUGACCUGUACCCACAAACCCCCAGCCUGCCCUAACAACCCAAAACCACCCGCAGGAAGUGAUGUGACACACAGGCUGGCUGGACAUGAGUGUGUGCAGCCCCCACAGGGUGUUUUCUAUGGACAGAGCGCCACCACUCUGGUCCUGCAGAGGCAAAAGUCUCACUCUCUGACUCCGGCCAUGGAGUUACACAGAGGGAGAAGGACUCUUCCCCUCCCUCGCAGAGCAUCUGAACCUACCAAGGUCAAUGCGAACUCUAACCCCACCUCCAGCCUCACCCUGAACAGACUUCGUAUUUCAAAGGGUCAGACCCAAGACGGCGGCCUGAGAGUGUCAGACGUGGAGCCCAACCACGCUGAACCACGCUUCUGCCUGUCUCCCUCCGCCACCCGUGCUGUGAGGGACUACUUUUCCUCGCAGGAUCAGGAGGAUGCAGACGCUUGCUUGCGGAGGAGUCAGGAGGUGGCACUAGCUAUUGUGCAGGGGAAGAGGGAGUGGCAGAGCAGGCGGUGCAGCGACCCACGAGUGGACGACUUCGAACAGCUUUUUUUUGCAGAGGAGUCGUACGUGUAAAUAAGAACAUGGUACAGGCAAACUGUGUAUGAAAGACUGAUGUGAUGUGAUGUGACCUGAUGUGUUCACUUGUAAACAGCUGUUGUCAUUAUUGAUGUGAUUAUAUUCCUCCAUGUACACCUCUUUCCUUCUGGCAGCAGCAGUUAGCCCAAUACAAAAAGGUGUUGCAGUUUACUGUAACGGUACAUCUGAUUGCUGCUCUCUGCUGCAGUAAUGACAACAAUAUGGUCUGACUGAUGAUGGUCUUGACUUAAUGCAAAUACUAUGGACAUGCUAUCAGCGCUAUCCAUAACACCUGUGAUGUUUGCUGCGGUGCCAGAGGAGGAGAGGACAGAUGCCCCCACUGUACAGACUAUUUUAAUGGCAGUUGUACCUUUUGCAAUUGCAUCUGUUAAGUGAACUAUUACUCUUAAGUGAAGUGUUUAUACAUCUGAAUCAGUGAAUCAGUAGGGUCGGUAUUUAUUCAUAUGAGCCGAGUUUCCAGACACACAGCACACAGCGUUGUCCUCUGGAGCUCUGGUUUAUAUCUCUGUGACCUGGGAGGGAGGGGAGCAAGGGAGGAAGACUUAAAAACUGUCGAUGUGUGCAUGCGUGUGUGUACGUGCAUGUGUGUGUGUGUGUAUGUGUGUGUGUGUGAAAUAAAGUCAAGAGUGCUGCUGAAUAUGAUGUGAUCAUUGACAGCCUGUCCUGAGCGGGAAUGUUGGAAAACUUGUGCCACUGAGGGAGAAAACGGCGUUAUUCUUGCUUUUAUAGCACUUCAUUAUCCUCGCCAUGAAACCCUUUCAGGCUCACGAGAAUGUCAAGGACACAGCCUGUUGUGUGAGGGUGUGUGAGGGUGUGUGAGGGUGUGUGAGUGUGUGUGUGUGUGUGUGUGUGUGUGUGUGUUGAGUUGAAUGCACCAUUGAAAAACAGUUUCUCUAGCUGUUGUACGUUUGUCCAUAAUAAUAUGAUAUAUUUGUUCCAGUGCUCAUGUCAUUGCAGUGCUGAUUUCUUAGGUGACACAACGAUAAAUGACCUUAUUUCACUGUGCAUUCAUGUACUGCAAAGUAUGUAAAUACAUACCUGUAGAUAAUAUAUUCUUAGCACAAUGUGAGAGCAGUUUUCAUGAGUAUUAUCACAGUGUUAUUAUGAAUUUAACUUUUCCACAGGAUCACACACUGGAAUAAGGCCAUUGUCACGUUAGGUGUUGCCAUUUUAAAUGGUCUCAAAAUGUACUUUAUCCUGUAUUAUUAAUAUUAUAAGUCUUAUCUCCAUUACAGUGAAUUGUGUUCAACGUGUAUAGCUCUGCAUAUUUAUGAUACAGAAAUAUAUAAAUAUAUAUAAAUAUAUUAUCUUGUUCCUUUGGUAUGUUGUGUUGUGUGAGAAAAAUCAUGUGUAUUUUUGUACAUGCCAAUUCUGCUGCUGCUGCUGUCUCUAUAGAAAGUAUAUUUGCUACAAAAUGCACUUGUAUUUGUAUAUUGUGUACAUCUGAUGUCCAAUGCUCACGAGAACAAAAUGUUAUUGAUUUUAAUAAAUGUUGCUCUUGUGAAAUUA